GCUGCAGGGGGCAAAGGUUUAAAUGGGGGGACUCGGAGCCUCCGUCUAAUUCCUCCAUGAUCUCCCUGUUGUCAAGGGGAGGGGAAAGGGGCGUCGCCAUGGCUCACUGCUUAAUUACUUCAAGAAAAAAAUAAGUGUCUCACUCGUAAUGGCAAGAAGACAGAGGGAGGUCGAGUCUUUGGAAGGAAGAGAUUCUAACUGAAGAGCAGACGUGACUCAUCACUGGAGAAAGGUGGAAAAAUCCUCUUGUGCAGAUGAAUGAAGUCACAACAGGAAAGCUGUUGUUGCUGCUGCUGCUGCUGCUUGAUUGGACACGUGAGGACUGAUAAAACACAUCCCGCUCUGCAGAGGCAUCAUCACACCUUCCUCAUGGUCUUUACAGAGAAGUGAUUGUGACAGCAGGUAAAAGGGAAUACUAUGAAGCCGUUCCACUGACAGAAUAACGGGCAACACGCAGAGGAAAUGAGGAAUGACUCUGACUAGUGGGGACUUGUCAAACUUGCCAGGAAGGCGGGGAGUAUAAGGAAACAGAGACAAGUGGAGAAAUCAUCUUGGAUCGGGUGCAGCAGGACUGUGCUAUGAUUCUCCCUGUGGUGGUUUUGCUGGUGCUCCUGUUGCUCUCUGGACCCAAGUCCUCUCUCCAGGGAGAGACUCAGGAAAUUGCGGACAGUGAUGGGAUCCUGGAGAGAGAGUUUAUCUAUGCGCCAAAACGGCAAAAGCGUUCCGUGGUCGACCACAGCGCUUCCCAAACGGACAAGUGUUCUUACACCUUUAUCGUCCCUCAGCAGAAAAACAACGGGGCCAUCUGUGUGAACUCCCAGGAGCCCGAGGCCUUGCUGGAAAACCGGGUCAACAAGCAGGAGCUGGAGCUGCUCAACACCGAGCUGCAGAAGCAGCGGCAGCAGAUUGAAGUGCUGCAGCAGUUGGUAGAGGUAGAUGGGGGGGUGGUCAAUGAAGUCAAGCUGCUGCGCAAAGAGAGCCGCAACAUGAACUCCAGGGUUACGCAGCUCUACAUGCAGCUGCUGCACGAGAUUAUCCGCAAACGGGACAAUGCUCUCGAGGUGUCGCACCUGGAGACCCGCGUGCUCAACCACACGAACGAGAUUGGGAGGAUGGGCUCACGCUACCGUGACCUGGAACAUAAGUACCAGCAUCUGUCGGCCUUCGCGAAUAACCAGAGCGCUCUCCUGGUGCAGCUGGAGGAGCACUGUAAGCGGGGAGGAUACUCGUACGGCGUGGUGCAGGAAAGGAGCCGCCCUGCCCGUCCACAGCAACCGGUGAUCCCUCAGCAACCGGUGAUCCCUCAGCAACCAGUGAUGCCUCAGCCUCCUCUUCAGAUGCCUCCAUUGUCUCCUGGAGGCUACAGACCCUUCCACCCACCUACCUACACCCGCAACACAUACAAACCCAUGACUAACGACAUUCAGAAUGACCAGAACUCCAAAGCAUUACCACCUCCGCUGCCCACAAUGCCAAGUGCUACAUACAGCUUUACUAGCGAGCCUUCUGGGCCUUUCAAAGACUGUCUAGAGGCUCUGGAGGGCGGAUACACCAACAGCGGCAUGUACCUCCUGAAACCGGACAACGGCAACCGACUCAUGCAGGUUUGGUGUGACCAGAGACAUGAUCCCGGUGGCUGGACGGUCAUUCAGAGACGUCAGGACGGCGCUGUGAACUUCUUUAGGAACUGGGACACGUACAAGCAAGGGUUUGGAAACAUUGAUGGUGAAUACUGGUUAGGUCUAGAGAACAUCUACUGGUUGACCAGCCAGGGCACCUACAAGCUGCUGGUAACUCUGGAAGACUGGAGCGGACGCAAGACCUAUGCGGAGUACGCCAGCUUCCGUGUCGAGUCUGAGGCCGACUUCUACCGGCUGCGAGUGGGCCGAUACCACGGCAACGCUGGAGACUCUCUUACAUGGCACAACGCCAAGCAGUUUACCACACUGGACAGAGACCAUGACGUCUACACGGGUAACUGCGCUCACUACCAGAAGGGGGGAUGGUGGUACAACGCCUGUGCUCAUUCCAACCUGAACGGCGUGUGGUACCGCGGCGGGCAUUACCGCAGCCGUUACCAGGACGGGGUCUACUGGUCCGAGUUCAGAGGAGGAGCUUAUUCUCUGAAGAAAGUGACCAUGAUGAUACGACCCAAUCCGAACAUCUUCCUUUAACACUUCACUCUGUCGAAACUGAACAGAUUUUACUGGACAAACGUCAAAGGGGUUUCCAUUUCUAUAUCACAAAAAUCCUUGAAAUUUGAUCUUCAGUCUUGUUGGUUGCUUUAUAUUCAUAAUGUAGCUUCAAAUAGCAAAGGUAAGGUGUAAUAGGAUCCGUGCAUUAUUGUUUUGCUUCAUCCUACAGGUAUAGGUUUUGCUGGUACUUCCGAUGUAUUAUUGCUGCUUAUAUUACAUUUAUAUAUUAUGUAUGUAUAAUAUAGAUUGGGAUCAAUUCAGGAGAGAAAUCUGGUUAUUUAUUUUGAUACAUUUUUCUAGAUAAUUGCAGUAAAUGUCAUUUGCCAGGAUAAAGUCCUUUGUCUCGUAAUUUGUAUUUGACAAUAGUUAGUAAAACAAUAGGCUGAAGGUCUUCUGACCACUUAGUAUGGGAACAAAGUACACCUUUUAUAAAGGUUCCACCUGGAACCCUUUCUAAUGGUUCUACCUAAAACCCAACAUAAGGGCUUCGUCCGAAAUCGCAUGCUAUGCAGCACUACAUACUCAAUAGGUGUACUAUUAAUCAACAUACUUUUGUGUGAACAUGGACAUUGUGAAAUAGAUUAAAGCCUUAAAAACAAAAACAUUUAAUAACAAAUACAACCUCAUUGCAGGUUUUCCAGGUAAAAGCAGCAACUUAAAACAGUUCAGUGUGUACAACUCAGCCAUCCCCUCUACCCACCAAAGGUCUUCCUGGUCUGUUGAAAAGACCAGUCACUGUAUUAGUGUGCAGAUACAGUAUGUACCAGGUAUUCUGUGUAUAUAUAUGCUGUUUCAUUAAGAUUAUUUUUUAUAGUCUGUAUGUUAUCAAUCUUGCAAAUAAACGAUGUAAAACUCUG